AUGGGCAACUGGAGGCACCCGGGCACCUUGAUGGGUGCCUUCCUCUUCCUCCUGUGCCCCUUGCCCUUGCCAGCCUGCCCAGGUGCCUGUGCUUGCUCCGUGGGGGAGGUGGACUGCAGUGACCAUGAGCUACAUGAGGUGCCGCACAAUAUACCGGCCAAUACCAGCGCCCUGUUGCUUGACUACAACUUCAUCACCGUGCUGGGGCCAGGCUCCUUCUCCUUGCUGCCGAUGCUGCUGCGACUCAGCCUGCCUCACAACCACCUGGGGACCAUUCACAGCAAGGCCCUGGUGGGGCUCGGAGCGCUGCAGGAGCUGGACCUCAGCAACAACUACCUUACCGUGCUGCCCUCGGAGGCCUUCCGGCCCCUCAGCAGCUUGGUCAUGCUCAACCUGGGCAGUAACAGGCUGGGGGAGCUGGAGCCCAAGGUGCUGUACGGCCUGCCUCAGCUCCAGGUACUCAUCCUCAACAGCAACCCCUGGGUGUGCACCUGCAGCAUCCAGCCCCUCUGGCACUGGCUCAGCCUCAACAGGGAAAAAAUGAAAGAGAAGAGUUUGCUCUUGUGCACAUUCCCAGAGCAGCUGAGCAAGUAUCCAAUCCUGGCCUUCAGGAACGAGUCCUUCAGGCAGUGCUGGGAGAACUCACUGUUUGUCCAGGACUAUGCCUUCUUUCUGCUCGUCGGACCAUUCUCUUUCCUGGCCAGCAUAUGCUUCUGCAUCUUCAUGGGCUCCGUCACUGUUGCCUGCCACAAUCUGCGCAAAGAAUCAAACCCCUGGAGGAGCUUGUCUGUCUGCAGGAGGCCCUGA